AUGAUGUAUUUUAUGGAUACUUUAAUAAUAUUAAAUGAUGAUAUUCCGUGUGAAUUGUUAAAGAAAAAGUAUAGAGAAUUAUUUGUUCCAACGAUAAGUGUAUUAAAUUUUAAAAAAAAAAAAAUAUACAAGAAAUAUAAUAAUAUAUUUUUAUAUAGUUACAAAAAUUGUUCUUUUUUUUGGGAAUUUGAAAAUAAUAUUCUACAAAAGAUUCAAAGAUGUUUAAAUAAAAAUGGAGUAUUAAAUUUGAUUAUAUAUUUAAAUAAAAAUAAUAAAAUGACGGAAGAAAAUAAUAAUCAAAAUUUCAAUGAAGUUUUAAAUAAAUUAAAAAAAGAAUGUUUAUAUAAUGGAUUUAUAAAUAUUUCAAACGAUACAUCUUUAGAAAAAAAUGGAAUAAUAAUAAAUAUUACUGCAGAAAAUCCAGAUUUUACUGAUGAUGAGAAUAGUAUAAAUUCAAGUGAUGGAGAAUUAUAUGAAAAUGAAGAAGAUAAAAAAAAAGUUGUAAAUAGAGUUUGUGAUAAUUGUACUUGUGGAAAAAAAAAAGAUGGAAUUAAUUUAGAAAAAAUAACUAUAGAUGAAAAUGAAGUGGAGUAUUUAACAGAGAAUGUAGUUUCUUCUUGUGGAAAUUGUUAUUUAGGAGAUGCUUUCAGGUGUGCUUCAUGUCCAUAUAAAGGUCUACCGGCAUUUCAGCCAGGAGAAAACGUAAAAUUAAAUUUAAAUAACGAAUCUAACUGA